ACAAAGAAGAAGAAGACGAACGCUUAGGAUUUCGUCAGCAAAGGAUGAGGCGGUAUUAGAUAUAGGUUAUGUGUAACUAAGAGCGAUGUACAAUAAGGGAAUUCAGUUUUUGCACCUACUUUCAUAAAUGAAAUUAUAAGGAAGCAUAUAUUUGCCUUAUUUUGUUCAAGUUGACAAUUAUUUAUAUAUUCAUAAGAUUCAGUGUUUAAUUCAGGUUUCAAUAACGUUUAGAAUUAUAUGCAACGUUGUAUAUUUUUGGUGCCACAUAAUUGUAUAAACUUUUGAAAAUUAAAAUGUCUAAAAGAGCACAACCACCUUGGAACGCCCCGAAAAACGAAUCACAACCGGUUUUAAAAAUUUUCAAUAGUUUAACGAGACAAAAAGAAACGUUUGUGCCUAUUUCUGGAAAAAGAAUAAAUUGGUACAGCUGUGGACCCACCGUAUACGAUGCGUCUCAUAUGGGACACGCAAGGUCCUACAUUUCAUUUGAUAUACUACGAAGGGUAUUUUCAGAUUAUUUUGGUUAUGAAGUUUUUUAUGCAAUGAAUAUAACAGACAUUGACGACAAAAUUAUUAAAAGGGCACGACAAAAUUAUCUGUUUGAGCAAUAUACUUCUAAAAAUAAUUCCUUAGAAACAGUACUAUCUGAUGCCAAAUUAGUAUUAGAUAACCUUCAAUCGAAAGUUAAAGAUACAAUAGAUCCUGAGAAGAAGAUUAUGCUAGAAAAAAUGUUAACAAGGUUGACAAGUUCAGUGGAAGAGCUGGAGGGUUCCGUAAAAAGUGGAGAUUUGUUAAAAAUAGAAAAUAGUAAGAAACAGUUUAUAAUAGAUUGUAAAGAUCCUCUAUCAGAUUGGUUGGAUCAAAAUCUUGGACAUACUGUAAAAGAUAAUGCGAUAUUUAGCUCUCUUCCAAGGUAUUGGGAAGAACAAUUCUACAAUGACAUGGAUUCUUUAAAUAUAUUACGGCCGAAUGUUAUCACAAGAGUUAGUGAAUAUAUUCCAGAAAUCAUCACUUUCAUCCAAAAAAUCAUAAAAAAUGGUUUUGCUUAUGAAGCUGGUGGAUCUGUUUAUUUUGAUGUUGCAGCUUUUGAUAAAAGUAACAAACACCAUUAUGCUAAAUUAGUUCCAGAAGCUUAUGGCGAUACCAACAGCUUACAGGAAGGAGAAGGUGACUUAACUACAACAGAACAAAGAAGUGAGAAACAAUCACCAAACGACUUCGCUCUAUGGAAAAAGAGCAAACCUGGCGAACCAUUCUGGGAAUCUCCUUGGGGCUAUGGUAGACCUGGUUGGCAUAUUGAAUGUUCCGCAAUGGCUUCUGACAUAUUCGGUGAAACUGUAGAUAUUCAUACAGGAGGUGUAGACUUGAAAUUCCCCCAUCACGACAAUGAAAUCGCACAAACUGAGGCAUAUUAUGGAAACGCCAAUUGGGUGAACUAUUUCCUUCAUUCUGGUCACUUGACUAUUGCAGGUUGUAAGAUGUCGAAAUCUUUGAAAAACUUUGUAUCUAUCCAAGAUGCUUUAUCUAAAUAUACAGCUAGGCAACUUAGAUUUGCCUUUUUAUUGCAUUCUUGGAAAGAUACUCUUGAUUACAGUCAGAAUACCAUGGAUUGUGCUUUGCAAUAUGAAAGACUCUUCAACGAAUUCUUUUUGAAUGUGAAAGAUGUAACUUUUGGAUCAUGUACGGAGAAAACCAAUGCGGGUACUUUUAGUAAAUGGACUGAACAUGAACAUAAUCUGAAUAAUAAACUUUACCAAAUGAAAAUUGCUGUACAUACAGCAUUGUGUGAUAAUAUUGAUACAAAAUCUGCAGUUGAUGCUUUAAGAGAUCUCGUUACUGCAAGUAACAUUUAUAGGAGGGAACGAAAACCUCCUAAUAGUUUAUUGUUGUACGAUAUAGGAUUAUAUGUAACGAAAAUUUUGAAAAUAUUUGGAGUGAUUAGUGAAAAAGAAACCUUAGGAUUUCCAACUGCUACAGGAACAUUUAAUAAUGUUGAAAGUCUGGUUAGACCAUAUCUUACUAUUUUAGCUGAAUUUAGAGAUAAUAUUAGAACAAGUGCAAGAGUAUUGAAGGCAACUGAUAUUCUUAAAGAAUGUGAUAAUUUAAGAGAUGAAAUUUUACCUAAUGUGGGGAUCAGAUUAGAAGACAGAGAAGGCGAAGCAAGUGCUGUCAAGUUUGUUGAUAAAGAGACAUUAUUAAAAGAACGAGAAGCUAAGAAAAAAGCAGAGCAAGAAAAACUUGCUGAAAAAGAAAAGAAAAAAGCAGAACUUGCAGCGGUGACAUAUGCUAAAGAAGCGCAGAAAAAAAUUCCUCCUAGUGAGAUGUUUAAAAAAGAUGCUAAAUAUUCCAAAUUUGAUCAUGAUGGAUUUCCUACCCAUGAUUCAGAAGGAAAAGAAAUUAGUAAAGGCCAAAUAAAAAAACUACAGAAGUUGUACCAAGCCCAACAAAAAAAAUACCAAGAAUAUUUAGCUUCCCAAACCUAAUUCGACGAUUCAAUUUAUGACUUCAAUCUCAAUGUACCAAUAAUAAUAAUAAUAAUAAUAAUAAUAAUGCUUUUAAUGAUACUAGUAUUUUUUAUUUAUUCAUUUACCAAUUUUAUUGUUUUAUAUUAAAUUUCUUUAUAAAGCAUUAAUUUUGUGAGAAAUUAUACUUUGUAACAUUUGGUUAAAAAUUCUAUCAUUAAUAUUAAAAAAAUGGUAUAUUAAUAUGAAAUUUGUACAUUAUUGAUAAUAAAUUAUUGAAAUUGUA